AAGGUCUCACAAUAAGGAGAAUGAAAGUCCUUUUGUGCUGGGAAAGAGCUCUCCUGUGCUGAAAAAGAAGAGGAAAGGUAAGAAACUCUCAAUGACUACUGAUAGUAAUCUGGUGGAGGUAUCGGUUGUGGGUUUUACAGUAUCAAAUAUUUUUGAAGGUUUAGACAAACAAGAUUCAUGCUGUGGUUCUUCUGUUGAAGGGCUUGGUGGUCAGCCUCUAAUGACCACCAAGUCGCCAUGAGUCUUUUAUGCUGGAACUGUCAGGGGUUGGGGUCUCCCCUGACAGGCAGAAACUUAAGGUUUCUGUAUAACAAGCACAGACCUACUCUAGUUUUCCUCAUGGAGACUAGGGUCAAGAUGGAUAAGGUAGAGAGAUGGCGUAGAAGACUGGACUUUCAGAAUAAAGUGUAUGUUGAGCCGAUUCGAAUUGGGGGUGGUCUAGCUGUUUGGUGGAAUGAUGAUAUUCAGCUGCAACUUAUUAAAGCUGACAAGAAUAUAGUCCAUUUGAAGGUAGUAAAAGGUUUGGAAAUGGAUUCUGGAUUCUUAACUCUAAUCUAUGGGCCUCCUAGGAAACAAGACCGAGGUAGUUGGUGGAGAAGAUUGAGGGGUCUGGACCCAGGUGAAGCAGUGCCAUGGCUUUGCUGUGGUGAUUUUAAUGAUCUAAUGUUUGAUUUUGAGAAAGAAGGGGGAAACACUAGAGGGUUGAAUUCUCUGGCUGAGUUCCAACACUUUAUGAUUCAAUGCAAUAUGGUGGAUCUGGGAUCUAAAGGCAUGGAGUUCACUUGGUCAAAUAAAAGAGUCAACGAGGCCCAUGUAAAAGAGCGACUUGAUCGUGCUGUUUGCAACACUGCAUGGAGGGAAAAACAUCAAAACGCCCAGCUACUGGCAAAGGUGGAACAGGUUAUGUCUUGCGUGACUCAGAGGGAAGGAUGGUGGACUUUGGUUGCAAAUCUUGAUCGGCUUUCCAUGCUGAAGCCGUAG